AUGUACAUAGUGGCCUCUGGCAAUUUGAAGAUCACUGACCUCAGCUGUGUCACAUUGAAAACUUACAGUGAAGGUGACAUUGUUGAAGAUCGGUCACUUAUUUGGCUUCCACACAAUCGCUUCAAGAAUAGACGAAGGCACAACGUUGUGUCCGUCGGGUAUUCGCAGAUAUACAUUCUUUUUCGCGAUGACUUCCUCGAAGUAUUAGAAGACUAUCCUGAUUGCCGCAAGAAAAUACGGGUCCACGGUAAGGAUAAAGAUUAA